UGGAAUAUUACGAUUUUAUUAUGUCUGACAUUUUAAUGCAUAAUUUGGCUAAAUUUAUCAAUGACAUUUGAUGUUGUGUCCAUGGAAACUUUAAAUAUUCCAUAUGCAUUGUAUCUUUACAGUUGCACUAUAUAUUAUUUAUGCUAGCAAACUAUUCAUUAUUUCUUACUAACAAACUCAUCAUUACCAUCUGCUCAUCUAAUGACUGUUUAUUUUGUGACACAAUAAUUUGAAAAAAAGAUGAAGUAUCUCCAGUGCCUGUGUUUACUCCUUGCUCUUCUUUGUGCUGUAACCCAUUGCCGCCAUGAAGACAUUUGCCAUAACGUCAAUAACACUAAUCUGAAUGGUGGAACAGAAGAUUUAUUAAUACAUAACUGUGACAAGAAAAGCUCUAACUAUGCAGAUUUUGUGUUUAGAAUUUACAAUCAGGCUAUAUCAAAAGAAGCUGAUAAAAAUAUUUUCUUUUCUCCCAUGAACUCCACUGCUUUUACCAUGCUGGCUAUUGGACAUGGUGCUAAGUCAACCACCCUGUCCCAGAUUUUUGAAGGCCUGGGCUUUGAUGAUCUGACUGAGACUCGCAUACAUUAUAUACAUGAAAGUUUUUAUAGAGUUUUAGCAGUACUGAACUGUACUGAUGCUAACAUUACAUUAAAUAUAGGGAAUGCCCUUUUUACAGCUACUGGGUAUGAACCACAGGAGACAUUUUUACAAAAUACCAAACAGUUUUAUGAGGCAGAUUUUUUUUCUAGCAAUUUCCAUAAACCAGAGGAAGCUAAGAAACACAUCAACAAAUAUGUAGAGAAGAAGACCAGGGGGAGAAUUCCUAGUUUAAUUGGUCACGAUCCAAGUACUGUAUUGGUUCUUGUAAAAUACAUUUAUUUUAAAGCUGACUGGACAAAGUAUUUUGAUCCUUUGCGUACACAUGAGGAUGAUAUUUUUGUGAGCACAAAUGCAUCUCUUAGAGUCAACAUGAUGCAGCUUGACAGUAACUAUCACAGUUACUAUGACAAGAAUCUCUCUUGUAAGGUGGAAGAGCUGCUUUACCAGGGCACUGAACGAGCAUUGUUUAUUCUUCCUGAUGAUGGAAAGAUGAAGCAAGUGGAAGAUGCUCUGUCCAAGGAAACUGUUCGCAAAUGGGAUAACAAACUCGUGACCAGGAGAUUAGAUCUGCAGUUACCAAAGAUUUCUAUUAGGGGGUCUUAUGAUCUUAAAAAGCUGUUCGAGGAAAUGGGCAUUACUGAAGUGUUCUCUGGUAAUGCUGAUCUGUCUGGAAUUAGUAGCAGCCAUAAUCUCCAGGUUUCAGAAGCAGUUCACAAGGCCCUACUGGAAGUUGAUGAGGCUGGAACUGAGGCUGCAGGAGCAACAGCUGUAAUCCUUACCAGAGUUCUCCAUCCUUCUGUUACCAUCAAAUUCAACAGGCCCUGCUUUACCUUGAUUUCUGACAAAGAAACCCAUACCACACUUUUCCUGGGGAAAAUUGUUGAUCCUACUAAGAAGUGAUUGCUGAAUUAUUUGUCAUACUGCUAUUUGGCAUGAGUUAUAAUGGCUGCAGGGUUUGCACAAGCAGGCUAGUUAGGGCUACUAACUACUCUCUGACUAAGGGAUAUUCAGAAGUAAAUGAGGAAUUCCCUUAUCCCUUAUAUUUUCCUUAUAAAUGAAUAAGGAAAAAGAAUGUGACAAAAAAAACCAACAACUGGCAGUUUUUAAAUGUAACAUUUUCCCUAAUUGAAUAUAUUUUCUAUAUUUUCAUUGGAAGACACUUUAUUUUGUAAAGUCUGUUAUUUUUACAAGCAGUUUUGUCCAAAUUGCUUUCAAUUAUGGGUUGUUCACCAAGAGCUUUAUCCCAACCAGUAAUAAGUCCCUUGCAAUUCUAGUAUGUCUUUUCCAUGACUUGCUGAUGACCAGUACUCAUCUGAGCUGGUCCCUUCAGAGUACUUUAUUCCUUUCAUGCCUUUUUGCUGCCUAGGCUGUUAUUGUUUAUCCUUAACCAACCUGUUCUUUCUCGCAUGUUCCAAUCCUUUGUCUAGGACAUCUUGAAAAAUAUUGACAAAAAAGAGAAAGUUCCUGAGACAAUAGACUUGUUCUGCUGUAGCAGUCACUGUAAGAGUCUUUUUGAUGUUCACAGGGUCAGCAAAAGACUGUGAGAGACAGUGACGUUAAGCAUAAACUGUCAAAAAAUUGUGAGAUCAUGUCACCCAUGAA